AUGGAGGGCUGCUAUGAAUCUAGGACCAUCGAUCAUCAAACUCAGUCAAUUCCAUUCCACUAUACCAUACGUCUACAUCAAUUCGAUCAUAUUCCCGUGUUGCAUCUUCCCCCUCACUGGACCAUACACCUCAAUCCCAACUCCAUUGAUGACACAUUCCAUUCCAUCAUCUGUUCUAACGACUCCCGUUCAAUCAUGUAAUUAGUUUGCUUCUUAACAACACAUGUUUUAUAACUCGAGCAUGACUUAUGUUGUUUAUUUUGUGCUUACAAAGAAAAAAAAUUCAUUGAAUUGUACACAAAAAUAAAAAUUUAUCAACAUUUAAGCAAACCCGAUCCAACCCGACGCCAACGGCGCGGGUAAUUCCUGCUAGUUUUCCUUAAAAAAAACCUAUUGCCGCCCCUCUCGAUUUCAUCUUCAUAUUUUAAAUUUUAUAUCUUUCAAAAUUUUUAAACAAAAGCAUUCAUUCCUACCGAUCCCCCCCCCCCAAAAAAAAAAAAUACUUCCGCCUAUCUCGAUUUCGUCUUCGUGCCUAUCUCGAUCUCGAUCUCCCCUCACCCUCCGUUUUUUAUUGCCUUAAAAAAAGCAUCCUAGGGGUUUUUAGGGAACUUUAGUUCCGUCUAUGUGCCUUUCAAUUGGAAAAAAACCCUGGGUUACUUGGGUUUGGAUUUUGAAAUCGAAGCAAUCUGAGGCGGUAUGAUAUACGGAGAAAAGGGAAACAAUCGAAGGCGACAGACAUAGAACCCCCACCGCCAUUCCCUCUUUGUCUUCCCUGUUAACAAUGACCACCUUCGUGUAUACGCUUUAACUUCCAUUCUCUGAAAUCAAAUCAGCUAUAAGCGUGGAGAAGAAAACAGGUGGCCAACAAACUCCGACUCAGCCAUUGACGGGGCUUUAAGACGGAGAAGAAACAUCAAGAAUACUUCUUAGACUAAUCAGAGUAAUACCUAUCCAUGAAAUUCCUUUCGUUUUGGCAUGAUUUAGAGACAAGUUGGUAUUGGUUUGAAGGUGGUAGAUCAACUUCGUUUGAAGUUAAGAAGUGACACUGGUAUGGACCUGACUAACGAACUUAAUUAACAGGCAAACAUCAAUCAAGUUACUUUAAACUUUGCGAUUAAUAGGCAAAAGAAGCAACUCAAAUAGCUUUGAAGGAUGAAAUACAGUUGAUGUUUUCGUCAAUUAUUUGACCUUCCACUUUCACUCCCCAAAAAAACUACAAUGAAGUCCGAAAACUUGAAUACUCCAACCCAUGCGGAGCAUGGGGAAACUUUUCUAGUUUACAUGAAGAUUCAAGAUUAAGAAUCAUUCAUCAUGAUCUGAAGGUUAGCAAAAUUUUGCUGGAUUUUGAUAUGAACCCUAAGAUUUCUGAUUUUGGUAUGUUGAGGAUUGUUGGAGUGGAUCAAGCUGAAGUAAACACCAAUCGAAUUGUUGAAACAUAGUAUCAAAUAUAAAAUCACCUCAAGACAAUUAACUUCAAAACUCAAAGAAGUGUAGGGAAACUUUUAUAUCGAACAAUAGUCUUCUCAUGAAGACAAGGAGCAAUACCAACAAGAUGAAUGCCUAGUUAUGUCUAGUUUUUGGUUUAUGAUGUUUUUGCUUUAUUUAUCAUAUUUUAAUACUUGCAAUUAGUACAAUUUUCAUUUUUUUGGUAUUUUAAUUACGAAUUUAAUGUAUGGAUUUGGAUUUCAGUUAUUAAUAAUAUCGAAUUCUGAAUUUUGAUAUUGUUUCA